UGUGGUGUCUCCCAACCCGGGAGAUGGGUUGCUUUCUGCACAGGCUCACUAGUCGCUUACAGAAGCUCCCUCUUGCUGCCCGCGAGUACGCCGGUGGCAGGCCGCAGGGUGCGAUGAUGUGUGGGUUUCUUCAUGGUAAGAAAGAAGAACAUUAUUUAGGUGACACUGCAGAGAUGAAGUGUUCUCCAGGCUUCCUGACUGUGAUACUCUUAAUGCUUGGACAAACCCAUGGAGACUCAGUGACCCAGACGGAAGGCCAAGUGACCCUCUUAGAAGAGGCUUCUUUGACUAUGAACUGUACUUAUUCAACAAUAGGGUCCCCCACUCUUUUCUGGUAUGUCCAGUAUCCUGGUGAAGGUCUAAAGCUCCUCCUGAAAUCCUCGAGGGACCAGGAGAAGAAAAGCAACAACGGUUUUGAAGCCACCUUGGACAGCAAAUCCAAAUCCUUCCACCUGGAGAAAGGCUCAGUGCAAGGGUCAGAUGCAGCUAUGUAUUACUGUGCCAUGAGUGAUACAGGCUCGGGGAAGGUGCUGCAUUUUGGGCCCGGCACUCAAGUGAUUGUCACACCACAUAUCACGGACCCUGAUCCCGCCGUGUACCAACUGAAAAGCCCUAAAUCCAGUAAGACGUCUGUCUGCCUGUUCACCGAUUUUGAUUCUGAAAAAAAAAUGCCACAAUCCCAGGAGGGCACAGUAAUCAUGUCGAAUGGAACUGUGCUGGACAUGAGGGUGAUGGAUUCCAAGAGCAACGGGGUCCUGGCCUGGAGCAACAGCACGGAUUUUAAAUGCAACAGUACCUUCAACGAGAAAUUCUACUCCAGCUCAGACUUUUCCUGUAAUGCCACUUUGAUAGAGAAAAGCUUUGAAACAGAUAUGAACCUAAACGCCCACAACCUGCUAGUGAUGGGGCUGCGCGUCCUCCUCCUGAAAGUGGCCGGGUUUAACCUGUUCGUGACGCUGCGCCUGUGGUCCCGAUGAGGUCACCAGGACCGUGAGCAAGCCUGGCACUCCCUCGCUCCCGCCGCCCCGCCGCCCCACCGUGCCUCUUCCCCUCUUCAAGCAGAGGCACACUCUCAGCCCCCGUGGAGGAGAAGGCUCCCUCGGCCUCUCGGCCUCUCGGGCCCCACUGGCAACGGACACCAACCCACCAACCGGAUGCCACCAGAUAUUCGUUAUCAAGAUCUGAAGAGCCGCCAAACACUGUCUCCACCGCCUCGGUCCCUCACUGCCGGCACUCCCAGCAAAGGCAGGGGGCUGCUGGACGCCCUGCCCCUCCCCUGAGAUUGCCUCUUGCGCCUCCCCCCAUGAGGGAUCCCCAGUGGGUCUUCCUGGGCUCUGGCUCCUGGAGAACGUUGUGAAGAGUUUAUAUUUUUUAAGUAGUGUUCAUACAGGCAUAUGUACCACCCUUCCCCCCAAGAUGUGGGCAAAUGAUUACGGAGGCCCCGCUAUGCUGUGUAUCUGAGCCCCGUUGUGUAUUCUGCUACCCGUGGCUUCAUUAAAGGCAAUUUGGAAGAGCCGG